CCGAGGGGGCGGGGACGGAGCCUGCGCGCACUCGCGCGUGCGUGAGCUGGCGCGCGAGAAAGGGCCCGGUCGCGCCGAGGCUCGAGCGGCCGUCGCCAUUUUGUCGGGUUCUCUCUGACGCGGGAGCCGCCGCCGCCGCCGCCGCCACCCGGAGGCUCUUGUCAGGAUGGUGAAGCUGUUCAUUGGAAACCUGCCCCGGGAGGCCACCGAGCAGGAGAUCCGCUCCCUCUUCGAGCAGUACGGGAAAGUGCUGGAAUGUGACAUCAUUAAGAACUACGGCUUCGUGCACAUCGAGGACAAGACGGCGGCCGAGGAUGCCAUCCGCAACCUGCACCACUACAAGCUGCACGGGGUCAACAUCAACGUGGAGGCCAGCAAGAACAAGAGCAAAGCUUCAACCAAGCUGCACGUGGGCAACAUCAGCCCCACUUGUACCAACCAAGAGCUUCGCGCCAAGUUUGAGGAGUACGGGCCGGUCAUUGAGUGCGACAUCGUGAAAGAUUAUGCCUUCGUGCACAUGGAGCGCGCGGAGGAUGCCGUGGAGGCCAUCAGGGGCCUCGACAACACAGAGUUUCAAGGCAAAAGAAUGCACGUGCAGUUGUCCACCAGCCGGCUUCGGACUGCGCCCGGGAUGGGAGACCAGAGCGGCUGCUACCGGUGCGGGAAGGAGGGGCACUGGUCCAAAGAGUGUCCGGUAGAUCGUUCGGGCCGCGUGGCAGACUUUACCGAGCAGUAUAACGAACAGUACGGAGCAGUGCGCACGCCUUACACCAUGGGCUACGGCGAGUCCAUGUACUACAACGACGCGUACGGAGCGCUCGACUACUACAAGCGGUACCGGGUUCGCUCGUAUGAGGCAGUGGCGGCGGCGGCGGCCGCUUCUGCCUACAACUACGCAGAGCAGUCCAUGUCCCACCUGCCUCAAGUCCAGAACACAGCUGUGACCAGUCACCUCAACUCCUCCUCCGUGGAUCCCUACGACAGACACCUGUUGCCGAACUCUGGUGCCGCAGCCACUUCAGCUGCUAUGGCUGCGGCCGCCGCCACCACCUCCUAUUAUGGAAGGGACAGGAGCCCCCUGCGUCGCACUGCAGCUGUGCUCCCCACAGUUGGCGAGGGCUACGGUUAUGGGCCAGAGAGUGAGCUGUCUCAGGCGUCGGCAGCGGCGCGGAAUUCCCUGUACGACAUGGCCCGGUAUGAACGGGAGCAGUAUGUGGACCGAGCACGGUACUCAGCCUUUUAAAAACUGGAGGACGGGACCAGGGCCUUGUACUCGGAGCCAAGCUGCUCUCCAGGCACUGUGUAAGCCUCUUGUGUUGUGCUCUCUUUCAGGUAGGAUAAUUGCGGACUGAACCCUCGGGCUGCGGUCAUAUAUGAGAACUUGCUCCGCGCGGUCCCCUUUGCCGGGAUGUUUCCAUUGCUUCAUGUUUCAGUAAACAAAGGAGUUUGUGACCAACUAUGUUUUCUUUCUUAAUUUAAUUCUUCUAAGGUGACUUUUCUUUCUUCCUGUUACUAGUCCUGUAGCCUUUCAGUCUGUUCCUCCUAGUCUCGGCCUCUGAGCAGCCCUAGGUAAGGAUUAUGCUGGUACCCCUUUUCCUGUACAGUGGAGCCCCUCUGAUCUGCUUUCCUUAGGAGUUGACCCCUUCUCCCUGCAACACCUCUUUUCCCGUUAAAAUGACCAUGUAGUGGCAAACAGCCCUCUCUGUUAGCUCUGGCCUCACAUUGCAGCUAAUCUUCUGAAACUGCUAGGACCAUUGGGGUUUGGGUGGGGGGGGUUGUUGUUCUUUUGUUUGUUUGUUUUGUUUUUUAUGUCUGACCUGUGAUCGUGAAUACGGCAUUAGCUGAAAUUUAGCCUUGUUUUAUUCCCCUCCUCCCACUUUUUUUUUUUUUUUAAUAUUUUGACAAAUAAACGUUUAACACUUUCUG